AUGAUACAGACGGCCCAUCAUGAGUCGCGGAUGCUCGAGCUUGCAGAUGCAAUACCAGUCCAGCCACAGCCGAUUCCGCCGCCUCCGCCUGAGGUCCAUGUCCAGCCAGCACCGAUAAUAGAGACAACGCAUUUCAACCCCUCAUGGGGAUAUGAUCUGAAUCUCUUGUCUCAUGCUGCUAGCCAUGUAGCUCUUGAAGGCCAACAGGAAGCUCUUGAGUCGAUGCGAAAGCCUUCACAUACCGUCGGCCCUCCUCAGCCAAUCCCUCAUGUCACGGACAGGCCUAUCACCGAAAACUACGGGCUUGAACCGUCAAUCCUUGAUCUCACUGACUUAGGUGAUCCUGUCCAAGACUUCACUGUCUUUCUAGAAAGCGUUGGUCUCUCAUCCGACUGGGACUCGGGAGUGUUUUCCACAGUCGAGGAACCCAUGUUGCCAACUACUCUCUCGAUUGACUCUAAGCCAUCUCUUCGUGAAACAUCCAGACUAGGGACAGAAAUCAUGAAUGACCCGCGCUCGGCCGACGAUCCUCCAUCAUUCUCAAAUUUUGGGUCUCGUUUGCCUUCGCUACAACCCGAGUCCCACGAAGUGGAUGAUCGACUCGGUUUCGGCGACGACGGUCCACGUCCAGCAUGGGAUAUCUCAAACGCUGACCGCCAGGUCUUCGUUUCCAAACUUGAGGAGUUUGCUUAUAUUCUUCCGAAGGGCUUCGUUCCUCCAUCAAGACACGCUCUGUCUCGCUUCUUUGCUGGCUAUAUCAACGGACUGAAUGAGCAUCUUCCUUUUAUUCAUGUCCCAACACUUUCUGUUGCCAAAUGCUCUCCCGAGCUGACGCUCGCACUAGCGGCAGCAGGAUCGCAUUAUCGCUUUGAAAACAAUCGAGGAAUCGACCUGUUUCACGCAGCAAAGACAAUACUGCUGGAGCGCCUCCGAAGAAGGGACAGCAAGCAAGUGCCAUGCCCGACAUGGAAUUUUUAUUCUCCCAGUUCGGGAUUCCACAACUCGCGUGGCUCGUCGGCCAUGUCAAAUCAUGCUAGUAGCCCUUUCCAGCAACAGCAGCAGUCUAUGCCGCACCCUGUCGAUCCUUCAAUUUAUGUAUCAGAUGAUUCGGAUGCUCACAUGGAAGUGAUUCGCACGUUCUUGCUUCUCACAGUUUUUGCGUCUUGGGAGAGACACCCGGAACUCCUCCGGGAAAUUUUAUCGUUACAAAGUACGUUGGCAAGGCUCGUUCGAGAGCAUGGACUCUCCGAACCAGCGACCAGUCCUGACCCAAAUAGUUGGGAGGAGUGGAUACGGAGAGAGGGCAACAGACGCACAAAGCUCAUCGUCUACUGCUUUUUCAAUCUACACUCCAUCAUGUACAACAUUCCCCCUCUGAUCCUGAACGCGGAGUUGAAAUUGAACAUGCCAUGCUCUCAUGACGUCUGGAAAGCGAGCAAUGCGACUCAGUGGAGACGGCUCAGUCGCAGCCGGCCAGGGGUGGAUGUUCCCUUCCAGGAGGCAUUCGCCAAACUAUUCUUAAAGUCGAGCAGCUCGAACUCUUCGGCACCAAUCUCGCCACUCGGAAAUUAUAUCCUUAUACACGCUAUUAUCCAGCAGAUAUUUUUCGCGCGUCAACUCUGUCUAUCUGCGCCCUCUAUGCAAGGUACAAGUCUCAGACCCGAUGACUUGACUAUUUUAGACAACUCUCUGAGCGCCUGGAAGGCAUUAUGGAAACGCACUCCGGAAUCCAGCAUUGAUCCUCAGAAUCCCGCAGGGCCGAUUGCGUUCACCUCUACUGCCCUUCUAGGACUCGCUUACAUCAGAUUGCAUGUUGACUUGGGCCCUUGUCGUCGUCUGAUCACUCAAGACCCAGUUCAGAUUGCUAGGGCCUUAAGCGAGUCCCCGCCCAUAGCAAGAAGUCCACGUCUCAUUAUGGCCUUACUGCAUUCUGCCCAUGCACUGUCCAUCCCCGUACGUCUCGGAAUCGACUUUGUCGCGAGAACCCAUUCGUUCUUCUGGAGUAUUCAGCAUUCCCUUUGCAGUUUGGAAUGCGCUUUUCUCUUGAGCAGAUGGCUACUCUCAAUACCAGCUACGCACUCGGAGCAGAGGUUGUCAGACCAUGAAAGGAAACUACUUUUGUGGAUCAAGAGCAUGAUGGACGAGACCGACAUGGCCGUUGACCCACCAGGAGCGCCUGAUAUGGAAUUUAUGGCCAAUCCUUACAAGGCCAAACAACUAAGCGUCGCUAUCGUCCGGGUCUGGGCAAGAACCUUCAAGGGAAACACGAGUUGGGCGAUAGUUGAUCUGGUUGGGUCAAGCUUGGAUGCUUAUGCAGAUGUCUUAGAAAAUCAGCUAUGA